CACGCUUAAAGACAUCCGGUACUCCCCACCAAAAACAACAUCGCCUCGGCUGCAAACACGCAUCGCAACGCGUCGGCAUUAACUGCUGCAGCGAGUCAUGUCUGCUGUAUUCGCACGUAGACUUUUAAUCUUGGAGUUUGAUCAUCCUUACUUACCUCGAUAGCACUACUCACGACGCAGGAACGCACACACACACACACACACCAUGGUACUGAACAUCGACAUCAACAGCAGCCCGGCCUUCGCGCGCAUACCGCCCUGGGUGAAGGCCAAGCUGCGUCCCAUCGCAAUCGAGAAGAUCCAGCAAGUGUACGAUUGGGUCGAGACGGAAUGCAUACCUGCUGAGCGCAUCUACAAAGCGCAGCUCAAAGAAAGCAAGACGCGAUGGGAAACCCCAGCUAUCAUCCACGACCUGCGCAAAAAGGCAAAAGCCCAAGGCUUGUGGAACCUUUUUCUGCCAAACCACUUCAUCGAGAGCCCAGGCUUGACCAACCUAGAGUACUCGUGCUGCGCUGAGAUAAUGGGGCGCGUAUACUGGGCAGCACAGACGAUGAAUUGUCAUGCCCCCGAAACCGGCAACAUCGAACUCCUCGCCAAGUACUGCACACCAGAGCAGAAGAAGCGCUGGCUCCACCCCCUCAUGAACGGCGACAUGUCCUCGGCAUACAGCAUGACAGAACCCGACGUCGCCUCCUCCGAUGCAACUCAGGUCGGCAUAAAAAUGGAAAUCACCGACAAGGAAGUCAUUAUAAAUGGACGUAAACUAUACGGCAAUUGCCAGUACAACCCGGAGAUGCAACUGUUCAUCCUGAUGGGCUGUUCCGACCCCAACAAUGCGAACGCGUGGAAUAGACAUACGACGCUGGUGGUGCCCGCGAACAGCCCGGGGCUGAAGCAAGUUAGGAAUCUGACGAUCAUGGGAUACGACUGGGCGCCUGAAGGACACGGCGAGUACAUCUACGACAACGUUCGCGUGCCGCUCGAGAACAUCAUUCUCGGUCCUGGACGCGCCUUUGAGAUUGCCCAAGGACGUUUGGGUCCCGGUCGCAUACACCAUUGUAUGCGCCUAAUCGGCCAGGCAGAACGCGCGUUUGAGCUCGCGCUCGUAAGAUGCAUGGAGCCGCGUAAGAAACCAAGGGGCAAAUUCAUCGGCGAGUUCGACAGCAAUAUUGAGCGUAUUGCGGAUAUGCGCAUGACGAUUGAUGCUAUGCGGUUGGUGGUGCUUAAUGCUGCGGAUACUAUGGAUCUGCAGGGUAACAAGGCGGGCAAAUACGCUAUUGCGCAGAGCAAGAUUAUAGUGCCGAAUGCGCUGCUCAAGGUUAUCGAUGAGGCCAUGCAGAUAUAUGGUGGUCAGGGCUUGACGCAACAUACGCCGUUGCCGGAGCUGUGGACGUAUGCACGUUUUGUGAGAGUGGCUGAUGGGCCGGAUUCGGCGCAUAGACAUCAAGUGGGAAGAGAUCAGAUGAAGACAGCGCAAGGGUUUAGGAAGAGAGCGGAAGGGUACACGGAGAGGUAUAGGGAGCUUUGCAAGAAGUGGGGUCUUGAACCCGAAGAGUUCUGGGGUAUCUUGUAGUAAUAAAUUCUCGUUUC